GCAUAAUUGAUCCAUACCAGUUGGGUUAGGUCAGCAAGUAUUCUAUUCGAAUGAUUCCAGAGUGUAAACAUUCAUGCCAAUUUAUGAACUGGUCUUUCUGACGAACGUUAUCAAUUGACGGUGAAAAUGGAUGACAAAAAAAAAGUUGCUUUCAAAAAUCGUGAAAAAUUAUGUUAGGAGAUGAAGCCAUCGGUGUGUUUUCGUUUGAGGAAUUUCUAGGUAAUUAUGAAUAUUGACAACCCAGAAUAUGAUGAAGAAACGGGACUUAAUCUAUUCCUGAGACUUGGUGCACCGUGGCUCAUGCAUAAAACUGGUUGCCCGGAUAUCGAUACUUAUCUCAAUGGUGGUGUUGCUAAGGGUAAACUUACCGAAUUUGUUGGUAACGUUGCUUCCGGAAAGACACAGUUAUGUCUUUCACUCAUAGCUAAUCAGUUGAUCGAUGACGGAAAGGAACAAAACAAAAUCGUUUAUAUCGACACAAACGGCAGUUUCCGUAGUAAUCGUUUGCUGCAAAUGCUGAAAUCCCGUGGUGUGCAGGAUGAAAAUACAGCAAAAGAGAUGCUUAAACGGGUGUUUAUAGCACGAAUUUACGAUGAAAAAGAUCUUCGAGUCGUGCUCUCAGAUAUUCAAGUAAUCAAAUAUUUAAUACUACUUUAA